CCGAAGUACGAUUUAAUUUGGAAUGUGUCUUCAUACAAAAUGAGUUUCAGUUUCAAUUCUUUUGAGACUGGAGAUAAACUUUUGUGGUUGUGUUACUUAGGGUUAUUCAUUUAUAGAAUGCAAUGCUUCUUUUGUUGAUAUUUGUUUUCAUAUUUUAAACAAAGUAGAAAGCAGUAGAUUGACAAGUAAAGUUAAGUAUAUAUAAACAGAAAUAGAGAAUUUUAUUUAAAAACUGGCUGACUGAUAUACAGAGCUUGUGUGCCUACAUUAAACUGUUGUCUUUAUUUUGCACAAUAAGUGUUUUGGGCCUGUGAUAAUCUGUCAAUGCAGGUCCAUACUAAUUUUCUGUAUUAUUAACUCAUUGAUUUGUCCUUAACAAACAAUUUGAUGUCAUAUAAUCAUUUAAAUUACAGAACGGCGGAAAAAGCUGAUUGAACAGUAUCACAAAACCCUGCUGCAAGUUCCUACAACACCUUUACAACCAAAAAGUGAAAAAUGUAGCUUUAAUGAGAUUUAUAUUAGACCCAAAAUAACGAGGAAAUAAAAGGAGAGAAAGGGGAGACAAAUGAAGUGAGGUUAAAACAAUGUCAGAAAUCUUCACAAAAGACGGAGUCCCUCAAAAAUCUGUAUAUGUUCUAGGAGAUGCAGGGUCAGGAAAAACUAGUUUUUUGUAAAUAUCUGGUCAACUUAUGGUGUUUGGCACACAGUGAGGAACAUGAAGAUGACAAUGAAGAUGAAGAUGGCAAUGGUAAACCUGAAGGUGACAGUGAAAAACAUGGAGGUAAUGAUGAAAAAUAUGGAGGGGUCAAUGAAAAUGAAGAUGGCAGUGGUAAACCUGAAGGUGACGGUGAAAAACCUGUAGGUGAUGGUGAAAAACAUGAAGCUGGGGGUGAAAAUGACAAUGAAGGUGGCAUUGAGAAAACAAGGAGGUGAUUUGGAAGAACAUGAAAAAAAGGGAAGUGACAUUGUAAAUGAAGAGGUAAAGGGGACACAUAGUGGAGACAUUGGAACGAAGAGGGCAGUAAGACACAUGGAGGUGUUAAUGAGAAAGGAGGAGAAAAACAUGUGGGUGGCAUUAAGAAAAAUGAAAGUGAUAGUGACGACUCUGAUGGUGACUUAAUACACUCCGAAUCCGAUAGUGACAACUCUGAUACUGAAUUAACAGACUCUGAAUUUGACAGUGAUGACUCUGAAUAUGAUAGCAAAAAUUAUGAAGUUAAAUUCA